AAGCACUGUCAGAGUUGAGGGCUGGGCUCAGGGUAGUCCAGAUGUUCGAGGAAGUAAAAGCGCAGGAGAGAGCGUUGAGGCUGCGCGUGCAGAGGGUGUGUGCCCCGUAAGCCCCAUAGACGUGGCAGCUCCGGGUAGGGACCGAGCUGGGGAGGCAGGCUCUCCUUUGCCCGGCUGGCCGCCAGUCCCGAGGGAGCCUUGCGCAGCUGGACAAUGCAUCAGUUCCCUUUGGGUGUCUAUCUCUUUCUAUUUUGGUCUUUUUCUGUGUGUACGUGCCCAUGUCACCCUCUCCGUCUCCUGCUUCCCUCCCAGGCUGGCCACCAUCCCUGGCUUUCUGCAGCUGUGAAUGGCUCAGCGGGGCAGGUGCCCCAGAGGCAGCUUCCGGAGGUGCUGGGCGGGGCCUGGGAACCACCUCAAGGGGUCGGGCUGCCCCUGCUAACUGUCAUUGUCACUGCCUUUGUCUUGCUGGCAGUCUGUAUCGUGGUGGCAGUCCACUGUGGGCCAAGGCUACACAAGGGCCAUGCCACUCUCGCCACAGAGCCACCAUCCCCAAAGCCAGAGGAUGGCAUCUCUCUCACCCACUGGCGAGUGCUGGGCCGUCAGGACAGUCACGAAGAUGCCCAGCAGGAACUUCCUGGCUCUGACUCCUGCCCUGUGCCAGAUGGGCCCAGGUUCAGCAUUGAUGAAGUCACAUUUCUGUAGGAGGGAGACUUUGGAAAGUUGGCCUGACCUGGCUCAGAACAAGAAACUGGACAGAGAAUUAGGGCAAAAGCAAAUUGGGGCCUGGGCUUCAGCGCUUCGGAAGGGCACACAUGGACUUAGCUGGAGCUGCCCUCUCAGCAGAGUAUUUAUACAGAAAGCCCUGUUGUGGACCAAAGAAAUAAAAGAAGCUUGAAUGCUGCUGUGAGCAUUCCCAGAGCCCAAUUUGUCCUUACAAACUUACCCCCUCCUCUUCAGGGACCACCAGACCACUGAACCUUCUUCUCUGAGUUUCUACUCCCCCCUCAACUCCUCAUCUCCUCCCCUUUUGGUGUCAAAGUGAGUCUAGCUUGGAAGAUUCCACCACCCACCCCACCCCUGUGCAGGGAUGUCAGAGGCUCCUGGUAGAGGACCCGUCCCCACAGCCUGUGAGGGCCAGCCACGGAGAGCCAAGGCAAAGA